GUUUACAGAGACAGAAAGUUGGUCGCUGGUGCCAUUCAUGACCCGUCCGAACCGACUCCGAACCGCCGAUAUCGCCGCCGAGGGAGGGACGGAGAAUGGUCGGCGGCGGCAGAGCAACGCGGAGCGGUCGUCGUAUUUCGCUCGGAGAGAAGCGGCGAGAGUACUGCGGUGCGUACUGGACGGAGACGAGAGGCGGAGAGCCGUUGCCUCCAUCAAAUCGCUCGUUUAUAGCCCCUCUAUUAGAAACAAGAAAGCUACCUUCGCUCUCGUCUGUCAAACCCUCAAGCAUCUUCCGAUUAUUAAAGAACUUUUAGAAAAUUCUCAUGUGCUGAAUGGAAAGUGGAAGAGGCAAGAGGAACUGAUGUACAUAAUCACGUAUGACAUCCUAUUUGGCCAGGCUAUUGUAUUGCUGGGGGAUGCAGAAAAGUUUCUCCUGCUUCGGAAAGAUGCCCUACAAUCAACUUUGGCACAGAUUUUAGUGAGAAAAAAAGUGAAGGAUGUUAAGGACUUAUUGCUCCUAUAUCCAACUGGCGAUGUGCCAAAACCCCGAUAUGUUCGUGUAAAUACUCUGAAGUUGGAUGUUGAGUCAGCUCUACAUGUACUAGGGAAACAGCACGUGGUUAGAAAGGACGAGAUUGUUCCAGACCUGUUGAUUCUCCCACCAGGCACCGAUUUGCAUGAUCAUCCUUUGGUUGUGAAUGGAAGUGUCUUUCUGCAAGGGAAGGCAAGUUCUAUGGUGGCAAUAGCUCUUGAGCCUAAGCCAGGAUGGGAGGUUAUUGAUGCUUGUUCAGCCCCAGGAAACAAAACUGUUCACCUUGCAGCUCUCAUGAGAGGAAAGGGGAAGAUUAUAGCAUGUGAACUUAACAAGGGUAGGGUUAAAUAUUUGGAAGACACUAUCAAACGCUCUGGGGCUCCCAAUGUAGAAGUUUUGCAUGGGGACUUCUUAAGCCUAAACCCAAAAGAUCCCUUGUAUUCAAAGGUACAUGCCAUUCUCCUAGAUCCUUCCUGCUCUGGAUCUGGAACUGCUGCUGACAGAUUGGAUCAUCUACUCCCAUCACAAACGAAAGAUCAUUCUGUGGAUGCUGCUGAUACUGAGAGGGUAAGAAAACUGGCUGCUUUUCAAAGGAAGGCUCUGUCACAUGCAUUAUCUUUUCCGGCAGUUGAGAGAAUUGUUUAUAGCACUUGCUCCAUCCAUCAGAUGGAAAAUGAAGAUGUGAUUAACUCAGUUCUACCUCUCGCUCAAUCCUAUGGUUUUCAGUUGACAACUCUGUUUCCUCAAUGGUCUCGUCGUGGGCUACCCGUCUUUGAAGGCUCUGAACAUUUGCUACGAACAGAUCCCAUCGAAGACAUGGAAGGCUUUUUUAUCGCUCUAUUCGUUAGGGAAAAUAAGGAAACAAUGAGCAAUGGCAUUUGUUCGGAAGUAGUAAAGAAUGAGCCAUUGCACCUGCGCAAGAGAGACAAGUCCCAGUUGUGUAUUUUCUCCAGAAUGUCCAAAACAAUGUUGUAUUCCCACCUUGGCAGACGGAAAAAUUCCGGUAUUAACUGA